CCGAUGCCGCAAGCCGUUUCGAUGCCUUAUAUCGCCCCGACGCUUUACGCCGUCCCGAUUCCUCGAGUCUUCCCGAUGCCACAAGCCUUCCCGAUGCGACAUGCCGUCCCGAUACCACAGGCACCCGUAAAGAGCGAGCCCACGCUAAUCAUGAACAAGCAGUGCCUUUAGUGUGUCUGUCGGAAAGGUGACUGUGUGACUGUAAGGAAUUCUGUCGGAAAGCCAAGGCCGAAGAACAUCUCAACAAGCAGCAUCUCAGUUGGUUCUCACCCGACGCGGCGAUCCCUUGUCCAGACGAAUAUUGCCAAUACAAGUUUAUCUGGGGCAGCGACCACUUCAAGAAACACGUGGAGGAGGUGCAUCGAGCUCCGCGCUCGUACGCUUCACAACCACAGACGCACAGCUUGCGCACAGGACAUGGGGAUGUUCGGCGAUUGCAUGCAAGCUCCGCAGCAGUAUACCAUAUUCAACUUUGAACCGUAGUUCACGUUUGUAAAUUAUCAAGGAGGGAAUCAGAUAGUGAUGGGUU